ACACCAACACCCACCUGUCGCGGCGCCCGAGCGCUCGGCCGUCCCGAGCGAGCCGAGUCCCGAGAGAGUCAAAGCCAGCUCGGUGCCUCCGCCGCCUCUCCAGCAGGUCAGACUCCGCCUCCGGGGAGGAGGCUGUGGUGGCGGCGCGGCCCCUGCCCCGCACCCCCGAGCCCGAGCGGCGUCUCAUCCCGAGGAUCAGGUCUCACCGGCGGAACAAGACGCUGCCCAACAUCUCGCUGCCCACCAACGUCGUCCACACCGUCCACGUCGUUUUCAACCCCGUUACUGGGGACCUGGAGGGCCUCCCCGACACCAUGAAGGCGCUGUUGGACGCUUCGAAGAUCACGAAGGAGGAGAAGGAACAGAAUCCAGAGGCAGUUUACCAGGCACUGAGGUACCUCCAGGAUCCCAAGAACCAUGCCAAGGUUGACAAGUUCAUAACACAGGACGAGGGUGACUACGACGAGCUCCCUUCAGGUCCCGCCCGCCCCGUGGUGCCGCCCCUCGCGCCGCUGCCCCCAAACCUCGCCACCAUCAGGGAGUCGAGGGAAUACCCACAGGCCUUGAGCAUCGACGGAGAGCCGACGCCGCCGCCGAUCCCCUCGCGGCCGGAGCGAACCAAGUCCAUCUACACGCAGCCGGUCGACGCCACGGACUCGCCCACGUCGAGCCCUCGCGGCGCGGGCGACGGGGCGGCGGGCGGCGCCCCCGCGAGGCCUUCGUCGCAGCAGGCGCAGCGGGAGGAGGUCCUCGGGAAGCUGCGGCAGGUGGUCAGCGUCGGGAACCCGCAGAAGAAGUACCGCCUGGAACGGAAGAUCGGCCAGGGGGCCUCCGGGGCCGUGUACACCGCCCUGGACCUGCAGACGGGCGAGCUGGUGGCCGUGAAGCAGAUGAUCCUGGAGAAGCAGCCUCGGCAGGAGCUCAUUAUCAACGAGAUCCUCGUCAUGCAGCGGAGCCGCCACCUCAACAUCGUCAACUACCUGGACUCGUAUCUCGUCAGCGGAGAACUGUGGGUGAUCAUGGAGUACCUGGCGGGCGGCUCCCUGACGGACGUGGUGACCGAGACCUGCAUGGAGGAGGGCCACAUCGCCGCCGUCUGCAGAGAGGUCCUCCAGGCGCUUCAGUUCCUCCACGAAAAGAACAUUAUUCACAGAGACAUCAAAUCCGACAACAUUCUCCUCGGGCUGAACGGAGAAAUCAAGAUCACCGACUUCGGGUUCUGCGCCCAGCUGUCGCCGGAGAAGACCAAGAGGACGACCAUGGUGGGCACGCCCUACUGGAUGGCCCCCGAGGUCGUGCACAGGAAGCAGUACGGGCCGAGCGUGGACCUGUGGUCCCUGGGCAUCAUGGCAAUCGAGAUGCUGGAGGGUGAACCUCCAUACAUGAACGAGGACCCGGUACGUGCCUUGUACCUGAUCGCCAGCAACGGGAAACCGACGAUCAAGGACAGGGAUAAACUUUCGCCUUACUUUUGCGAUUUCUUGGAUAAGUGCCUCGAGGUGGACAACAACAAACGGCCUUCUGCGUCUCAGCUGCUGCAGCACCCGUUCCUGCGCUGCGCCCAGCCGCUGCCCAACCUGCGGGCGCUCAUCGAGGCCGCCCGCUCCUCCAUCAUGAGGAAGCAGGAGAUGAACGUCAUCUGAUCAGCCUCCGUUGCAAGCUCGGGGCCGCAGAGGAAGAGGAAGCGAACGCGGGAACGCCUCUGGGAUGUGGCUGGCGGAGGCGCCGCCGUUCCGGAUCGCCUUUUAGUCGGGAAGUGACUGGCGGUUCUGCUUUUUAAGUUUUGUAACUUGGUUGCGCGCAACCAAACAAACGAAUGCACGCGCACACGCGCAUGAGCACACACACGCACACAUUCAUACGCACACACACUCAUACUCUCACCCUCACCCCCACCCCCACCCCCAUCCCCAUCCCCACCCCCACUCCCACUCACUCACUCACUCACUCACCCACUCACUCACUCACUCACUCACUCACUCACUCACUCACUCUCACACACACACACACACACACACACACACACACACACACACACACACACACACACACACACACACACACACACACACACACACACACACACUCACACACACUCACACACACUCACACACACUCACACACUCACACACACACUCACACACAGACUCUCUCUCACUCUCAUUCUCACUCUCACUCUCACUCACACACGCACACGAACACGCACAGCAUAAAAUCAACAGUUUAAAUGAAUGAGAUGAACCUUGACUCAAGCAAGCAAUAUUCUCUUUGCUUUGUAUCAAAGAAUAAAGUCACAUUCCAAUAAAUUAAUUCACCGUAUUAUGUCUACGUCACUUCAUAGUAUUGCUGAAGAAAAUCAUCUGUAUAAUAGUUUAUCUUAAGCGACCAUCAAAGUGCCAUGAUUUUAAGUGCUAUCCGGAGAGGAAAGUGUUAAGAUAAAUGAGAAAAAAAUAAAACUUUGAUUUAGAAAGACAUAAAAAAUGAUAAUGGAUAUUUGAUAUUUGUCGUAUUUAUAAUAAAAAAAAUAAUAUAAUAAA